UUAUCGUAAUCACAAUUAUGCUAGCGUUAAAAAAAAUAAUGCGACCUUGCUGUCUCCAUACAACAUAGAAUGGCACAGGCAAGGUGAAAGGCUCGAAAGCAGGAGCCCUGUUUGAAGCGUUUAAAACUUGUUUGUUGUCAUUUGCGCCAUUCCGUUACGCACGUGUACCGGCUUGCUCAACAUUGCACCCUGUCAUUUGACACCUACAGCAGAUGGCGGACAGUGGGGCCUUCAUCAAGGGCCUGCUGAGCAGCUGCAACGAGUUGUUCGGGAAUCGGGCCGAGCUGAUGGGCCCCCUCGAGAAAGCGGAGAACAUGCCGAUGCGCUGGACGCCCUACGUCACUUUCGUGGCCAAGCUCCUGCAGGCGUUUGACGCUUCUGGCGCCGGUGACACCAUCGUUGACGGCGAUGACGAGAUGCCGGACGGAUCCGGGAGGAGUGCGGCACGCCAGCUGGCCUUUCUGCUGAGCAGCUGCUUCCAGACCAUCUUGCGCCCUCCAUCACUGGGCAGCGUCGCUGAGAUGGAGUGUCUGAAAUCGGCCAUGGCAGCCACUGGCAAAGCCGUGCAACGUAUGGAGCCCCACCUGAUGCGCAUGCUGAUGGCUCGAAUGCGCGACGCCUUCCUUGAAGCUGGCACGUCGGUGCGCAUGCGCAAGAUCCUGCUGGAACUGAUUGACCUGCACGGUUCAGGGUGGCAGCUGACACCCGCCCAGCAGAUGUACUACGAUCCCGCCAGGUCAUUCCAGCGUCGCGAAUGAACACCCAGUCAUUGCAUUAGGAGAUUUUCAUCAGAGCCAGUCAUUUGUGUGAAAGCAUCGCUGCACAGAAUGGGCUUUAUGAUUCAUGGAAAACACUUCAUUUAUUUUGCACACAUCUCAUUCUCAGUUGCAGUGCAAUAUCUAAACUCCUUUUUUGGCAACUGAGGGUUGAAUCAAGAUUGCCGUUCUCGGCUACUUAUACACUUGGGGAGUGCACUGCAGCAAAUAGUGGCAAACCAAGAGAGAUAUGCAGGGGGGUGGG